CAGUACAUUUAUUUUUCCAGACAUAUCAUGUUGUAGGCUCUCUUUGCAUCACUAUCAAUUUGGUGUGAUAUGUUCUCUCUGACAUGCAUAAUUGCCAAAGAUAAUACAUUUAUUACGCACAGGAGCGGGCGUGGUUGCCUGCCAGCUGCUGUGGUCUGGAGGGGUGAUGCUGAUGGAUUUGGUUUGACAGAUCAGGGUUAGCCGCCGGGGGAGUCCAUUUUCUUGCCGAGUCCUCACCGAGGCGCUCACUGGCGGAGCCACUCUUGUUAGGCUACGCUCUGCACCUCCCCGGCUGCGCGUGACACACAGACCGUGUAUCCCACAGACCCCGCCGCGUUGCCGAGCACGGUGGAGGGGAAAACACAGCAAGCCGCUGCGCCGCAUCACCACCACCAUCCAGGAAAACUUCAGGUUGCCGCACCCAAGGAAUACAAAAUGCAACCAUUUUGUUGUAUUGCGAUGGGUUUGCCACUGCCAUCCGUGAGCAGGAGCACCUCUGUGUUCAAGGAUACCUCGCUUCAGAAGAAAUAGCACCUGGAGCUACUUCGCUGAGGGAGAAAAGUCAAAGGAGGAUAUUGCUUACAACUGGAUUACAAAGUAGAAGGACCACACACAGAUCUGACCCAUCGCCUAUGACUGGAUUAAAACAACAAAGCGUGCUUGUUUCACAAGAAUAUAGACGAAGUUUGUUUACAGGUGGCGCAAGUAAUGACUCGAGAUUUAGCCUGUAUGUCGCCGCCGUUUGUGGUGUUGAAUCUGAGAGAUUUUUUACCCAACUACUAAGAUAAUACCCGGAUUCAAUGGCUCAGACAAUGCAGAUGUUGCUAGUAAAAGCGGUGUUGCUCUGUUGGGGAAACGUGUAUGUGGCAUCGUUAAGCAAUGAUGGGGACAUAGGAACCAAAGACACUGGGAGAGAUUUUUGCAACAGUACAUGCAGAGGAGCCUUUGGCUUCAACGGAGAAAGUAUCACUCAAAACAAAGCUAAUGCCAUUGACACUACUAGGCGCCACGCCACAGGUGUAGCCUUUUUGGAAGCCACUGGGUCACCAGUGAAGGGUGUCGAUGCAUCAUCCUUUAGAAAUCAUGGCACAGUUAGAGAAAGUAAGCACACCCGACAUGCACAUCUCUCAAGAAACCGGACGGAAAGAGGAGAAGGCUCAGUCGAAACCAAAAACAAGCACUCGCGGCGACACAAGAGGAAAAAGUUGAAUAGCGAGAUGCCUGCUACCAUGGGAACGCCAGGUGGACAUAAUGACACUAAGCCUCCUUCAAUGAGCAAGCGAGGACUGCACAAGAGGAACCAUCGGAGGAAAAGAGGGACAAAAGAAAACCAAAAGAAAGCACACAAGAACGGCAGAAAAGGGAUAAACAGCGUCGGCGGUGCCGCCGCUUUCACGCGCCCUGAAACUUCUGUCAACGUGUUGAGUGCCCCUUUCACUAUGUGGGAACCUUCGACAAAACUCAUGGCCCUUACGUCCACCCAUUUCCCGUUUGACCUGACAAGGAGUGUCGAGUAUCACACUAAACAAGUUGAGGAAGAAGAAGACCCGUGGGAUAUGACCCCGAUGACUCCUCCAUACGAGCUGGAUAACGAGGAGGAAUAUUUCCCAAAUCCCUUCUACCCAGUCACCAGCGAAACUUUCGGGGCAUACGCCAUCAUGUGUGUGUCCGUCAUCAUUUUCCUGGUCGGUAUAGUCGGGAACAUUGCAAUAAUGUGCAUUGUGUGCCACAACUACUACAUGAGGAGUAUCUCUAACUCUCUAUUGGCCAACUUGGCCAUAUGGGAUUUUGUCAUGCUCUUCUUCUGCCUGCCUCUUGUGGUGUUCCAUGAGCUGACAAAGACGUGGCUCUUGGGCCAAUUCACUUGUAGAGUGAUACCAUACAUUGAGGUCGCCUCCCUGGGCGUCACCACCUUCACCCUGUGCGCGCUGUGCAUCGACCGCUUCCGCGCCGCCACCAACGUGCAGAUGUACUACGAGAUGAUCGAGAACUGCACGUCCACCGCUGCCAAGCUGGCCGUCAUCUGGAUCGGCGCCCUCCUGCUGGCUCUGCCCGAGCUGCUGAUCCGCCAGCUGGUGACGGAGGACGCGGGCGUGUCCGAGGCGCCGGCGACGGUCGAGCGUUGCGUGGUGCGCAUCUCCACCUCGCUGCCGGACAUGCUCUACGUGCUGGGCCUGACGUACAACAGCGCGCGGCUGUGGUGGUGCUUCGGCUGCUACUUCUGCCUGCCCACGCUCUUCACCAUCGGCUGCUCGCUGGUGACCGCGCGCAAGAUCCGUCGGGCCGAGGCGGCGUGCGCGCGCGGCAACAAGAAGCAGAUCCGGCUGGAGAGCCAGAUGAACUGCACGGUGGUGGCGCUGGCCAUCGUCUACGGCGCGUGCGUGGUGCCCGAGAACAUCUGCAACAUCGUGUCGGCGUACAUGGCGGCCGGCGUGCCCGAGAGCACCAUGGAGCUGCUCCACCUGCUCAGCCAGCUGCUGCUCUUCUGCCGGGCGGCCGUCACGCCGGCCCUGCUGCUCUGCCUGUGCCGGCCGUUCGGACGCGCCUUCCUGGACUGCUGCUGCUGCUGCUGCGGCGGCGGAGAGGCGUGCGGACAGGCGCGCUCCUCGGCCACCACCAGCGACGACAACGAGCACGAGUGCACCACCGAGCUGGAGCUGUCGCCCUUCAGCACCAUCCGCAGGGAGAUGUCCAACUACACCGCCGUGGGCUCGCACUGCUGAGGGGGUCGA